AUGUCAAAUUUAAGUUGGGGGCACAAACAAUGACUGGCUCCUUCUGGAACGAUCCCGCCAUUAUACUCUAUCUCCUUAUAGUCGUACUGGUCGCGGAUAGUCUCUGGUCGCUGUAUCUGCUGCUGCGCGAGAUCCUUAUUGUCUAUGAUGUGCCCCAAGUGCCGGGGGUGCUGGGUCCAUAUUUAUCACAGGAAUUGUUUAACAAAAUGCGCACAUACAAGCUACACAAGAGCUGGUUCAUCAUAGUCAAUACGCUAUUUGUGGUCAUCAUUUGCGGCUGCCUUGAAUUGUAUUUUGGCUUCUAUGCGUUCGUUUGGCGCGUGGCCGGCAAAUGCGUUAUCUGGGAUUGGAUGAAGCACGAGGUGUGCCUGUCCAUCAUAUAUGUGUUCCUACUUAGCAUUUACAUCACAAUCAAAUCUCUGCCGGGUCACAUCUAUGAGAGAUGGUGCAUAACCAGCCUGGUAAAGCGACCCAAGACGAGGUGGUUGCAUCGCAUUCUUUGCGAUAUUCUCGACACCAUCUGCUCGCUGCUGUUGAUGGCAUUGGUGGUCAGUGUAGUGGUCCUGAUGGUGCAGUUUUUGGGUCAGUAUGCCUUUCUGGGUCUGUAUGCGGCUGCCGUCAUGCUGACCGUGGUGGUCAUUUUGCUGGUGCCGUGCAUCAUUGAUCCGUUCAUUGGCAAACGUGUGCCGCUCGAAAAUCUAGCACUGCAAGCGGAUCUGGAGUACCUAACUGCUCGCGUCAGGUUUCCCAUUCGUCAGGUCUACAUCAUACGCGUUCGGGAUCCCAGUGUCGGCAGCAAUGCCUUCUUCUAUGGGUGCUGCUGCCUGAAGCGCAUUGUGAUCUUUGAUACGCUGCUGUUGAAUCGUGGCCGGCACAGUCCCGCCCAGAUGCCGGCGGAAGACCAGGGCAAGGGCCUGACCAAUGCGCAGGUGGUCGCUGUAGUUGCCCACGAGCUGGGCCACUGGAAGAAUGGGCACUUUUACAAGGCGAUUGUGAUGUUCCAAGUGCAUUUAUUGCUGACCCUUCUGCUCUUUAUCAUCUGUUUUCCCCAUGGACCCAUCUAUCAGGCGGUUGGCUUUGAGCCGGGCCUACAGCCAAUCGUUGCCGGAUUUAUCAUCAUUUUUGGAUUUGUGCUGACGCCAUAUUUCACUAUCUCGAAUGUGCUAAUGCUAACGAUGACGCGCCAAUUUGAAUAUCAGGCAGAUAAGUUUGCCUUCACGCUGGGCCAUGCCAUCCAUCUGAGGCAGGCGCUGCUCAAGCUCUAUGCGGAUAACUUGUCAUUUCCGAUAUCGGACGGCUGCUAUUCCAGUUGGCAUCAUACGCACCCAACAAUGCUGCACCGUCUGGGGCGCUUGGAGCAGCUCGAGGCGUCCAGAUCCUGAACAAAGUAGCUUCGCAUACAUCUGUUAUCUGCCAUUUAGCUGCCAUUUUUCGAGUAUAAAUAUAUACACAUACAUUGACAU